ACACUAAACAGGUGGUCAUACACCGCCACACAGCGCCCGCCGCGAUGAAACGGAACGGCUACCGAUCGUAACUUACACUGAGCCGCCAAGGUGCUGAACCAAAGAUUAUUAAUGAUCUGGACAUCACAGCACGGGAGCCUUUGAUCCCGAGUUUCCCUUGGAUUCGGGAAGGUCUAAGGAGAGUUGGAACUAUGAAAGUGACGGUGUGUUUUGGAAGAACUCGGGUCGUGGUUCCGUGCGGAGAUGGCAACAUUAAAGUGCACUCGCUCGUCCAGCAGGCCGCGAUGCGGUACCGGAGAGCGAUCGCCAAGGGUGAAGAGUACUGGGUUCAGGUGUACCGGCUGGAACACGGUGAUGGAGGAAUUCUUGACCUGGAUGAUGUUCUGUGUGAUGUGGCCGAUGACAAAGACAGAUUGGUGGCAGUGUUUGACGAACAGGAGCCUCAUGUCGGAGGUGACGGCACCAGUGCGAGCUCCACAGGCACACAGUCGCCGGAGCUCUUCUCUGGAGAGCCGUCCACCUCCACCCCACUGUCUGCCUUCCAGCCGUACCUGCCCCACAGCGAAAUAGAGGUCACCACAUCCACGCUCCGAACCAACAUGCCUUUGCAUGUACGUCGCAGUAGCGAUCCGGCAUUGUUGAACCUGACAGCGAUGUCCUUCUCUGAGCCUGGUUCGCAACCCGAAGAACCUUCCAGAAAAAAUCCCACACGCUGGUCUACAACCGCCGGCUUCCUGAAACCACGUUUCUCCUCCGGCACCAACAGUCUGGAGAGGAAGGGCCGAGGUGUCGACACAUAUCGUAGUCUUCCUCGUGAUGCAGGGCAGCGGUCCAAUCAGAACGAGUUUCAGCGUGAGAAGGCCCGUUCCUCACUCAGCGCCAAUCAUCCCAUGGUGGACCGCUGGCUGGAGCGACAGGAACAGAUUGAUAUUGUGAAAUUGGUGGAAGUGCCCAAUGACGGAGGUCCACUCGGUAUCCAUGUGGUGCCUUUCAGCGGACGAGACCGCAGGACGUUGGGUCUGCUGGUGAAGCGUUUGGAGCGUGGAGGGAAGGCUGACAUCCAGGGUUUGUUUCAGGAGAAUGACUGCAUCGUUCGGAUCAACAAUGGAGAUCUGCGGAAUGUCCGAUUUGAGCAAGCUCAGAACAUGUUUCGUCAGGCAAUGCAUUCUCCCGUCAUCCUGUUCCACGUGGUGCCGACCACCAUGAGAUCCCAGUAUGAGCAGAUAUCCCAUAAUGAACACAACCCCAGAGCGAACAUUGACCUUUCCGGACGUUUCAGCCCUGACUCCCUCACCAAUAACCUGGUCGGCCUGGAUCACGCUGCUCACCGAUUGGCGCAGCACAUGUCACACCCACCGAAUAACCAUUUGGAUACCAGCUCUCCCAUCCAUCAUCCUGUUGGCUCAUCAGGAAAACCUCCAUCAGGUCACGCCUCCUCUCCCCAAAGAGGAUUAAGCCCCACCCCCACAACUGGCUUUACCAAGAAGGUUGGGCGGAGACUUGGAAUCCAGCUUAGAAAAGGGCCUGAAGGUCUCGGGUUCAGCAUCACAUCAAGAGACGUCCCUCUUGGAAGCUCCGCCCCUAUUUAUGUGAAGAAUAUUCUGCCAAGAGGAGCUGCCAUACAGGAUGGGAGACUGAAGGCAGGGGAUAGAUUGCUAGAGGUCAAUGGGGUGGUUCUUAAUGGGCGUGGUCAGGAGGAGGUGGUUUCUCUGCUGAGGGCGACUCCCAUGGGUGGGACUGUGAGUCUUCAGGUACUGAGACAGGAAGAGUCCUUUCUACCCAGAGAGAUGAACACAGAACCAGCAAUGCAGAACACAAGAGAAUGGAAGGUAGAAGAUGAGGAGUUGGUCUUAACCCCAGACGGGACACGUGAGUUCCUGAAGUUGGAAGUGCCUCUGAGUGAUUCUGGCUCAGCGGGUUUAGGAGUCAGUGUCAAGGGUAAUAGGUCAAAGGAGAGCCACGCUGACCUGGGCAUCUUCGUCAAGUCUAUUAUCAAUGGAGGAGCAGCAUACAAGGAUGGAAGGCUGCGAGUCAACGAUCAGCUAAUCGCAGUCAAUGGGGAGUCGUUGUUAGGGAAGACAAACCAGGACUCCAUGGAAACACUGCGCAAGUCCAUGUCAACGGAGGGCAACAAGCGAGGGAUGAUUCAGCUGAUUGUGGCAAGACGAAUCAACAAACGCCUUGAGGGUGAGAGCCGAUGCAGUCCCCGAGGGUUAGAGCGGACCCUGAGCCCGUCUCCUGAUGACCACGAGCGACGGAUCUCACACUCGCUUUACGGAAUCGAGGGGCUUGAUGACAACCUGAGGCCACAUGCCAACACAAAUAAUCGUAAAAUGAAUCAUUAUCAGCUCUCGCCGACGGUCAACAUGCCUCAGGAUGACACAGUCAUAAUUGAAGACGACAGGCCACAUGUUCUCCCCACCCAGCUGUCUGACCAAUCGUCAUCUAGUUCUCACGAUGACAUGGGUUUCGCUGUGGAGACACCUCCGCCGCCACCCUGGGACCAAGAACUUCCCUACAGCUCUUCCAGUGCUAAUGAUGAGGGGGCGUUUCAGAGGGAAGGCUUUGGCAGGCAAAGCAUGUCUGAGAAACGCACCAAGCAGUAUGGAGACGCAAGCCAACUCGACAUCAUCAAGAUCCGCAAGUCCAAGAGCAUGGACUUAGUGGCUGAUGAGAUUAACCUCACACACUACACAGAAAACCACCCAGGUAAGCAUGACCACUCCUGCACUUCUAUUUCUGCACACACACUCACUUCUAUUGUACACUGCAGGAUUAGUUGCCUGUUUUUCUUCUGUGUUGAGAUAAUUUGUUCCUACUGUUUCAUCGUUGAUUACUUUCCUAGGCCCGUUUGUCACCUCUCAAGGUUCGGGAAGUACCGUAAGGACGAGCGUAUGGAUGGUCCAAAGUGGAAGGCAGAGGAAACUCAUGCAUCGGAGGAAGAGACGCACAGAAUGAGACAAGAACAAGAGAGGAUCCAGGCUAAAACGCGAGAGAUUCGUCAGCGUCAGGCCAGAGAGCGGGACUAUGCUGAGAUCCAGGACUUCAGUCGGUCCACCCUGACCUCACUUCCUCCUGAGGAGCCCCCGUACGCUGGCAUCGGCUCGCUGGAACACGGCGGGUACCAUCGGAUUCACACGCCUCCGGACUCACCAUACACACAUAAACAGAACGCCCACAAUGGACACCCCUCUACAUCAGACAGACUGACGCCCAGCAACCACGACCGAAUCCAGCGCUUACGCCAGGAGUUCCAGCAGGUCAGGCAGGAAGAUGCGGAGCCAGAUGAUCGCCACCGUGCCUACAGCUUGGAGCAGCCCUGGUCCAACUGCAGCUCACAGACAUCAUCUGGCCGACACUCAGUGUCUGUGGAGGUGCAGUUACAGAGGCAGGAAGCCAGAGAAGCUUUCACACAUGCUCAGAGACAGUACAGCUCUCUGCCACGCCAUCCUCGUAAGACACCCACCCCAGCCUCAGAGAGGGAGUGGGAGAGAAUGUGUCCAGCCAGAGAUGGUUUCCAGGCAGCCAAAGACAGUGGCCGUUACUCCAGCUACCAGGGACCUCGUUCCGUCCCGCGGACCGUUCCUCGUCCUGGCUGCAGGAAUGGCCUCUCUGCUCCCCCAGGAGCCGGUGGUUCCUCGGUGGGUGGUGGCUACAAUGCACGUGUCCUCCUGGAGGCCCAGGAGCUCCUGCGACAAGAACAGAGACGCAGGGAGCAGGAAAUGAAAGGAAGAGGCCCAUCAAUGCGGUUGGACUACGAAUCCCAUGAUUCCAAAGGGCCCCAAAGACAGGACGUCCCACCUUCCCCUUCCCAGGUUGUCCGACUCAGCCGCAUACACACACCUGAGAAAAUGCGCCCAUUUUUGUCAUGAGAAAAAAGGACGACACUUUCUUCAAUUUUUGAAGAGGCAAAUGGCUCACAAAUACAAACAAUUAUUUCUGUGCCAGUAGUGCAGAGACUCCUCAAGUGCCUUUUCUUUAUGAGGUCACAGUGGUCCCGCCUAAUCUGACAGCUCAUUGGUGUGUCCAGAGGCAAGAAGUCUCUUGAUUCGCUGUGAAGACCUUCAAGCUCUGACAAUCAGCCUGAAACUGACCUGUUCCUCUGAAAAAAAAAAACGUUGUAGAACACAAUCUAAAUGAGCAGUUUUCCUGCUUUGCACAGGUUUGGAUGAAGUUUUGUGAAACAGAGCUUUUUUAAAACUAAGGUUUAUCAGAUGAAUUCUUAAACAUCAGGUAAAAGUUAUCAGUUAAACUCGUAUUUGAUGUCGCUAGUAGGGGAAAAGGUGGGACUGAGUACAGGUGGCCCAGCAAACCUAGCGAUUCCACUGGAUGUUGUCACAUGUUUAAAGAACUCGACAAAUCUAGGUACAAAACACACAGUCAGAGUGACGGACUCCUGGGAAUCCAGCAAAAAGAGAAAAUCCCAAAAGUGCAAUGGAAAAGAAGAGAGAAAGGAAAUGGGGUCACAGAUAGCAGGUCAUUAAUUGAUGCUCCUCAUUAAAUUUUUAGAGCUCUUUCACACACAGACACAACCCAUGACCCACUGCUGCCUGCCGUGUGUGUGUGUGUGUGUGUGUGUGUGUGUGUGUGUGUGUGUGUGUGUGUGCGUGAGAGUUCCUGUCUCCCAGAUUACCCACACUGAAUUUUUCAUCACACACACCAGCUGCCCCUGUAUUGACAGGCCACAGCACUGUGAAAGUUCAGAUAAAAAGAUUGUCUUCCCUUCUCCCUUAAACAUGCAUAAAUGCACACACACAGAGAGGCUGUAUUUGGAAUACCAUAC